CAUCACCACAAAAAUAUGGCUGUUCGUAUUUUUCUGCUGUGAGCGUGCAAAAGUUUGUUUGUAGAUUCCAACAAAAAAGAAAGAAUAAUUCCGUGACAUUAAAUUGAGAACAUCAAAACUAUUCGGCCGAAAAAAGUCUAAUCGUUUCGCAUACAAAUUCAUUGAAGAUUAUUUUGUGAAUAAUCCGCAUUUGUGUUAUGCUCGAUUCCAGUUUAUUGUGAUCCAGCUGAGUGCAUUCUUUCAUUAGCAAGUAUAUAUCAACUUAUAAAUAAUUUCGAGAACGGUGGAUUUCAAGUCCGAAAACAUUGUCAAACUGGAUAGAUUUGGUGAUCGUUUUCUUAGUGCCGAGGAUGAGGAAUUUAUCCGAAAUGUUGAUAAAGACAUUGUGUAUUACAUAGAGCAUCGAGCGAAAAAUAGUGUUUUGCUGUUCCCUCCAGUCAACAAUUAUCGCCGGUUCUUGAUUCACAAAGCAUGUGAAGACUUGAAGCCGCUGCUUGAUAUUGCCACUUUUUCAAUUGGCCAAGGACAAAGUCGACGAACUGUAAUUUGCUCUCAACAACAAAUUUUACCGAACGGAAUCUCAAAAAACGGGAAAUACGAUAGCUCAAACUCCUGGAGAGUUGAUUCGAAUUUAGAAGGUUACGCUAAUUUCAAUCGAAAAUCUAAAAUGGGAAUGGAACAUAGAAAUGCUGUUACAAAAGCAUCCACCAGACCUACAGCAACUGAAUUGUACCAACCGCCAGCCAUCCGAAAGUUACAAAAUCCAAACGAAACUGUUGUUUCCACCUCUCCCUCAAUCGUGAAUGCAUCCAAUCCCCACCAGCCAAAGAACAAUAAUUUUUUGAAUGCGCUCAACGCCACCGUUGACUGUAACAGUUCAGCACACGAUCGCAACCAAUCGGGUCACUCAACAAUCGGUGAUAGUGUAACCUCAUCAUUGGCAACGAAACCGCGAGAACGUCGUCCCGAUCGUGCUGUGUACGUGCCAAGGCCACGCCGUAGCCAAACCACACCGCCAUCCAGUACAACGACAUCACCGUCCGAUCCGGAUAAAAAGCCAGAUCUAUCCAAAUCCACAUCGCUUGAGGUGGCGUCAACGAAUUGUGGUACCGUGAUUUCAUGUGAUCAAAUUCCAAAUAUUAAGUCGAAUGAACAGCUGUUGACCGCUAACGUCGUUACUGGUGAUUGUGAUUCGAAUUUGCGAAAUUCGACGGUGAAUGAGGCGUUAGUUGUUGGUGGAAAGGAAUUCAGUGUGAUAGCUAACUGCGAUAACAGUGAGAAUAGAAUGAGCGCAUUAAAACAUAAGAAAAGUGUUCCAUUACGGAUAGAAGAUGCAAAAUCGGGCAGAGAUAGCAAGGACGAUAGAGAUGAGAAGGAGUUACAGCGCGCUUCCAAAGAAAUCAACCGCAGCAAUCGACGUAUUAUGAAACAGACAUUCGUGUCCGAUGUGCUCGAGAUACCAGAGCCAGCCGCAAAACCCGCCGUUAAUGGUAGCCAUACAUCAAAAGUAACAGUGGAUCCGGAAACCGACGAUUGGGACUGCAUGUUCGACGAUAACGGUGACUGUCUCGAUCCAAAGUUACUCGAUGAAUUGACGGCUUCUGUCGGGAAGGUGGCUAUUGAGAAACCGAAAUCUGAUUACAAACUAUACCACAGUAAACAAGCGUUGCUGAAUGCCGAAGAAUUUCCCCACGUUUUAGAAAUAUCAAAUUUCCCAAUGGAAUUCAAGACGCAAGACCUCAUGAUGCUAUUCUCCGCCUAUAAGGAAUCUGGCUUUGACAUCAAAUGGGUUGAUGAUACGCACGCAUUGGCGGUAUUCAGCAGUUCAAAAAUUGCGGCUGAAGUGCUGUCGGGUAAUAUACCAUUCGUGGUCAUGAAACCACUAACCGAAGCAACCAGCGAUUCCCGAGCCAAAGCCAAGAAGUGUUCUAGUUCCUUGCAGCCAUACCGCCAACGACCGGAAACGUGUGCAGCAUUAGCAAGACGUUUAGUGACUGGUGCUUUGGGAGUCAAACUGAAAACGUCACCGGAAGAACUGGCAAAUGAGCGACGGGUCUUGCGGGAAGCGAAAGAACGAAAAUUGUUGGCGGCUAAAUUAAGGGAUGAAGCUUGGGAAAGUUAAACGGAUACAUGGUAGCAUCGGGACAGCACAAUAUAUUUUCGAUCGGGAAAAACUUCAACCUAAAUUUGUGUUUUAAUUUACUAAAUUCCUUGUGGAAUAAGCAACGUACGAUGCUAAGAUUUGAUAAGAUUAGUUCAUAUGUGAAAUACCCUUAAGGAAUUAAAAUUGUAGUGCAAAGAAUUGUAAGGGAAAGAUACUGUACGUGCAAUCAAGUUCAAUUGCAAUUUACCGAUACGAAUACUUAUUUUACCACGUCGCCAUUCACAGGUGCGUGUCAAUGAUUAUAUUAUACAAUAUUCGAAUAAGUAAUUGUAUUUUUUGUGUAAAAGUGAAACGAAAAUAUAUUUAUUAAAGAAAAGAUUAGACUGU